GCAAUUGACCGAUCGUUCGGCGACACCGGACCGCCGGCGUGAAUUAAAAUGCGAUCCAUUUGGUGAGAAGAUGACUUCGGCUUCCCAGGGGGCGGAGUACCAGUGGAAUACUUGAGCUCUGGGAUCUUGUGGUUCCUCCUUGAGUUCAGAGUUCCUCCUUGAGUUCCGAGGCAACACAUACCGAGGUAGAUUUUUCGAGUACUGCCGGUGAACUCGGACCGAGACUACAGGUUAUAAAUAAUGUCCGAGUUACCUGGUAACGCGGGGUACCCGGUGCUGGGGGACAGGUCGCUGGAGUUCUAUAAAGACCCGGUGGGCUUCUGCGACCACCGGCUGGAGAAACACAACAGCAGAGUGUUUCGGUCCCGACUCCUCAACAAGCCCACCGUGUUGGUGUGUUCCGUGAGGGGGAUGAGAGAGGUGCUGCACGAGAAGUCCAGCGUGUUUCUCAAAGACCCAACGGAUCUGAUGACCAACAUGUAUGGUGACACCCUCGUCACCACAAACGGUGAAGAGGCGUGUUUGCUGCGUCUGUCUCUGAGCAGUUUGUUUACGGGGGCGUGUCUAGAAUCAUGGAACAAUGACCUCAUCAGUGUGUGUGAGCGCCACCUCCAGGCUCUUUCUUCCAGUGAGCCCCAGUGUGUGUACUCUCUGUUUAAGGCUCUGGGGACAGAACUGGUCCUGGGUCUGUUCCUCAACGUGCGGCCAGACGAGCACCCUCAGCUCUACCAGGAGAUCACUGAGCUGUGCACGCAGCACUGGCACGGUCUGAUCUCGGCCCCGGUCAGCCUGAAGGUGCCCCUGUGGUCCUCAGGGUUCUCCACCGCGCUGGAGGCCCGAGACAGGCUGAUGGAAAUCAUCAAGGACAAGCUGGAGAACGACAAGCAUGGGUUGGUGGGCUCCCUGGGGUCGCUGCCCCUCCCCCAUCCGAUCUGUGCCUCCCAGCACCUCCUGCUCUUCAUCUCCGCUCUCAUCCCCAAAGCUCUGGCCUCCCUCCUCACCUCCUUUACCCUGGCCCUCAGCGGACCUCAGCAGGAGAAGAUGCGGCAGAGGGCGAAGGCUGAGCCCGAGUUCUUGCGCUGCUUGCUAUUGGAGGUUCAGAGACUCUGGCCUCCUUUCAUUGGUGGACGCAGGAUAGCCAAUAAGGACACAACCAUAGAAGGCUUCUCCGUGCCCCGGGGUCAGGUGGUGAUGUACGUCAGCCACGCAGUCCACCGCGACCCGGAAGUGUUCCAGCAGCCCGACCACUUCCUGCCCGAUAGGUGGACAGGAAGGAAUGCGGGUCAGGAGCAUCUUCUUUGUUGCCUUGGUAACGGACCGAGGAACUGCAUCGGGGACACACUGACUGAUAGCUUCGUCAAGACCGCGUGCAGCUACCUGCUGACUCACUACGACUGGGCCCUGGACCCCCCCGACCAGAACACCUCCUAUAAAUGGCUGCCGGCAUCCCGCCCGGCCGAACCGCUCCACCUCUCCUUCACCAGACUGGACCAGACCGGUUCCUGCCCCACACACCCUCAGUGAGGCUCAGAUCCAGGGCCGCUGCUGGCCGUUUCGGUGCCCUACGCGAGCGGGGGGGGGGGAGCCCCUUUUUAUAUAUUAGGUAAGAACACCUAAUUUGCUGAAAUUGAGUGAUAGGUUAUACAAUUAAGAACAAACAACGGUGGGCCACUUCAUAACUAAUUUACAUAUUUUUUAAAUUCAAUAAUGUCUUUUUUUUUGUUUUUGUUUUUACAAACCUUAAUUUUUGGUGCCCCCUCAGGUACCCGGUGCCUUACGCACUCUGGGUACUCUGCGUAUAGGGAGCGGCGGGCCUGCUCAGAUCACUGAAGGCUAGUGCUAGUGAUAAUGAAGGAAGGGGUUGAACUCAACGAGUUUGGCACAUUAGUGACUCACUGUUUUUAAUUUAAAAAAAAGGCAUUUUUUAUUUAUUUUUUUAGAUUAGCUUUUUGCACACACACACAAAGAAAAAAAAAGGGCACUGACGACUGGUAUGUUAUCGGUUAUCACAUGGAGGCAAUGACAAUAAGGCUUUGGGUGGACUGGAGGAUUGUGGCUGGAGAACGAUGGAGAGGUUCAGCAACCAGCUGCCUAUUCAGCGAACAAAGCUAUCAACCCCUGAAUUCAUUUACAUUUGAAACAAUUUGGUUAUUGGAAAAUCUGUUGCUAAUCAUGAUGUUUUAUACUGUUUAUAGUAAUCCUAGCCCCAGUAAAAACAUUUGAUGGUGUAAACCCUAGCACUUACUCAAAGUAACUGGGAAUGAUAACUGAGGAAGUGGAAAGCUGAAGUCUGCAUAAUGUAACAAUAGCACUAACGUCUAUAAUCCAGAAAAUAACAUACUUGAAAUUCAUUGACAUGAUUCAAUCAAAAUGUUUCCCGGUACCUUCAAACCUCUUCUGAUCCAGCAGUGGGCUUGGCCACUCUCCGAAAUAAAUCAUUACUAAAAUGUUGGGCACAGCCAUUAGUUGUUGUUGGAAGCAUUAGACAUUAAAGUGUAAUUCCGGCGAAAAUUGAACCCAGCGUCUUUGUUUUGGCUUGUAAACCCAUCAAAUAAGCCCCUCCAGAUACUUUUUUCAUUAAAAAUCGAGUAUAGAGUUUGCCCGGCGCAAUGUUUGGCUUCCAUGUUAUUGUCUAGGGGCACAGCGAACGCUUCCAAAUCGGCAUUUUUUAACCACUAAUAUAGCUCAAAAUAGCACCAAACCUCUGCAGUAGCAUUAUAAGGGUCCCUACACAUAAAACAAGCAUCAACAACUUAGUUAGCGUAGCGGGAAAAAGUCUGUGCCUUACCGGUAGGUCCAUGUUUCCAGGAAGUCCACACAAGUUGAUUACCGGCUACCGUAAAUAAUAUAAAAGAGGCGCCAACAAAUUUAACUUAACAAUCUCCCCUCUUGAUACUUAACUGUUUUAAAUUUGUUUGCGUCUCUAUUAUAUUAUUUACGGUAGCCAAACCUAUUAUAUUAUUUACGGUAGAUACAUUUUCAAUGAAAAAGUAUCUGGAGGGAUCGCCGGAAUUACACUUUAAGAGACUUGACUGCAGACUGCUCUAUUGAGAUCACGGUCUAAUGACAGGAAAGCUACAUAUUCUUGAAAAGCACAGUGAUGUACUCUCUGGGUUGAGUUUGCGGACACUGUUAGAAAACAGCGGUUCUUUACAACAUGCUGCAACUCUAUCAGACUCUACACCAGGAGGCUCGAACAUGUUUGUACAGCCAAUGUAACUUUACAGUCAACACACAGACGUAACACACACACACACAGAAACACACAAACUGAUUACUCACUAUAGCAAACACACACUUAAGCAACCACACAUUGAAAAAACUAAAACUAAACGACAUCCAUGCACACACAGCCACACAAAUGAAAAAUAAAAACUUUGUUUGUCCUUGAUCAAUGCCUGUGGCCCAAAAACACACACACUGAUACACACACACACAGAAACAGCCAAACUAAAAAUACAAACACACUCACACACACACACACACACACACACACACACACACACACACACACACACAGAAACAGCCACGCCUUCCCCAGGAGCAGGAUCAUGUGUGUAACUAUAGAGAAGUCAAAACACAUACUGUAUCCAUGGUUACCAGUCAUAACAACCCUCCAAAAAGACCUAAGGACCCAUCUUCUAUACGGAACUGAGUAGCAUCAACAACAUCCCUGGAAGUGUUACUAUAGCAAUAGGAAGUUCAUCAGUGUUGGUAAGGAUGCAGAUGUUGUGAAAGCGGAACUCCCUGAUCGCUAAGCAACCACUGCCCGGAAUCAACAAUGACAUCGUUCACAAGACAGAUUGGAGCACAGGACUUCAGAAGAACAAGAACAAAGACGGGUGAUUCGGAUUCGGCAAGAGACAUUGAGAGACAGGGGUUGGCAACUGGCGGCCCGCAAGACAUAAUAUCUGGCCCGCCAGAUUAUUCUGAAGUUAUAUUAUUUGUAUUUAUUUUUUGAGUAUCGAAUAUAUCUGUUACCAAAUGCAAAGGGCCGGAUACAGUGAACUUUAUCUUCUUCCACAACUGUUUUUGAAUUUAAAUGUAUCGAAUCCUGCUACUACUCCCGGAAGGUUAGAGACACACUCGUCACGGUCACGCGUAAGCUGCGAGGGGCUGAGCAGGAGUUAUUGGAAACUAUGCAUAUUAAAUGAACGGAACCCCGCUGUAUAGGCCUAUAUACACCAUGGCGACCCAACAUUACGGAUUUUUGUGUGAUACUGCACGCAGAGAAAGGCAGGAGAAUUUGGUUUUAUUUCUAACAUUAUUCUAUCAACACAGACAUUUACAUCGACCGUCUGGCGUUAUAGUCGAUUUGCCCCGGCUGUACUGUGGAGUGGGUUAUUAGCAGGCUCGUAUUGCCCGUUGCCGUGCGCUAGCCUAGCACGAGCAAACUCCAAGUAGAAGGACUGAAUGAAAUGUGUUGAAAACUGUCUCCAAUGAUAAAGAACACCAAGGCUAACUAGGGAAUCAUGCCCUAUGUCCAAAAUUCCGAACUACCCCUUUAACCCGAGGACAGAGACGGACUGUAGAUAGAGGACACAGAUGGGUUUGGGAUGAACUGUACUGGUCCCAGGACGGACUUCUUCUGCAUUCCUCCUCUGGGUUCGUGCCUCUGGUUUUGGGGACGUACAGCUUUAGGUCAUUAGAGGGCUCAGGGUUGGAGAGUGUUGUAUAAUAUGGGGUUUUGGUGAAGCCCUUUGAGUACGGGACUGAGAUUAGUUGAGCCUUCAGGUCCCGAAUGUUCUAGAAGUAGAAUUAGUAUUUAUUCAUUAGCAGUUGUUUUAUCCACUGUGACUUACUGUGAAUCCAGAGACAUGUGAGAUAAGCAUUUAUAACUUAGAGGGUGUUUUGUUCUUUGGCGGCCUACAGGUUCCCCAGACAUUGGGAAUCUAACCCAGUACCUUUGGGCUGGGUGGCGAACACCCUGAACAUUACACACUUACAAAUAUCAGCCGGUGGAAUGUGGAUAUUUCCUUAAUUCAUUUAGAUUGUACUCAGAGUGUGUGUGUACACACAGACAAAAAAAAACAUGCAAACACGAACACACACACAACACAUUGACAGACAGAAACACAUGACACACAUACGCGCAGGAAGUGAGGUGUGUCUUCGGGAACACUGACAGAACCGGUGGGAUCCCCUCCCCCUACUGCUGCCUAGCAACCGCCAUCGCUUAGCAACUGAUCGUCAUAUCUAAAGCCUCUUACUUUCUGUUAGUUUGCUGCUCCCACAUGCAUACACACACAAAUACACUUGCACACACAUAAACAGACACACACCCACACUGCUUAACCUAGAUAUUUAUAGAAAACAUAACUUGAGUAGUACACACACAAAUACGUCCAAUCAACUGGAGAUCAUUUCAAUCUAAAUAUAGGGCUUAAUACUAUUCACGGAUAAUCUAUACACACCCUUAAGAACAUGCACACAGACACACACAAUGCAAUACCGAUUCAUAUUUUAGUACAACAAUUACAUUCAAUUCCACAGUAAUGUGACAAUCUGAGACUAUAAUGGACAAUCAAUUGAUGAAUAUAUUGAAAUGGCCUGCAUUCAUGUUGGUAUGUGUGUGUAAGGAAAUGCUUUAGCAUCUCUCUCUCUCUCGCUCUCACACUCUCUCUCUCUCUAUCUCUAUCGCUCACAAAGAAAAGAGAAAAUCUAAAAAAUACUUUAUUGAACUUAAAUUGAUUCCGAAUGUUCAAUGUAGAUUUAUUUACUUUCCUCAUGUAACAUCAGCAACGACUCAUUUAAAUGCAUUGCAAUGCAAUUGUAUGCUCAAUCUGUAGAUUUUGUUGACAUCAUCCAAUGUUUUGUUUGUAACUUUUAAAUCAUCAUGCUUGAUUUUGGAUGUAGUUUUAGACAUGUUUAUAGGUCCUUUACAUUUUAAAUAAUGGAUAGUUUGGACAUUGACUGGAGUUACCACUGGUUCUUUGGUCAGUAUAGGGGACAUUUUUGUACCAAACCUGACAUGGGAGUCAUAUACUGCAGAUAUUUUUUCUACCAAGUAGAUGUAGAUCAUAGCCUACACAUAGUGAAUCCUUAAAGUAUUAAAAGAUGAAAAUGGAAAUGUCUAUGUAACAAAACUGUAUCUUCUGAAGGCAAACCCCCUUGGUAAAACCAGCCCAGUUUUCGAUUCCUCGAAAAGAUAACAAGAGUUCAUAUUAACAAUAACAAUUGUUCAUAUAUGUUAUAUGUAUGUUAAGUUAAAUUAUGAUUAUGUCUCUAUCUGUGUUGGUCUAUGAUUUUAGUUCCAACUCUGCGUUGUUGAUAUAUUUAAUAUAAAGAACAACAUCUCUUUUCACAAUUUCUAACUGCACGCAUACGUAGAUGACUCAAUGCUAUAGGAUGAACAGGAUCUCUGUGCUGGAGAGCCUCGAGAGUCGUAGAGUCUUUUGUCUGCAGAUCCUGCAGAGAUAUGCUAGCUAUUUGAAUACCCCAGGAGCUUGAAAUCAGAUGUAAGCACCGGACUCUGAAAGAUGCCGUUGUUCUGCUUUUUACAACAAAUAAGAGUUCUGUUUGCUAAACCACUCUAUAAUGUCACACACUCAGAAACACACAGAAUGCAGUCUACAUACACAAACAGACACUCACUCAGAAAGUGAAACAGUCACACACAUACUCAUAUACUGCCAUAUUUUCUCCCUUACUCAUUCUCCCUCUCUCUUUCAGGAACACAACCUACCGUAGUACACGCACACUAUUUUCUUGUUGCACUCGAGACUACAGAUAAGAUGAACGGCGUAUAACUGGAAUUAAAUAUUAGAUUGAGAUGCAUACAAUCUGAAAUCCAAAUCCUAAAUUAAUUGGCAUAUUAAUGAAUGAAUAACACAGAACAGAGGACACUGAACUACAAGACUCGUGAACAGCCUUAAACAAUCGCCUACUGAUGUUAAUAAAUGUUAAUAAGUGCUAAUAAAUGCUAAUUACUGUCUUAACUUACAGCCAAGUGGAAAAAUUGCGCUGUCAGCACGAUGAAGAGAUUAGCGUUGACUUGAAACAAAAUACUUUUGUACAGUUGCAGCAAUACAAGCUACAUGCUACCAAAUUACCAAUACAUCCAUAGACUCUAGAUUCAAGACUAGCUCAAAGCGUUAGUUAAAAUAGCUAGUGUAGUGUCAACUCCAAGACAAAGGGGCAGGCAACAGGAUAGUGUAGUAGUGGCUAGGGUGGACUGACUCCCAGCCAAAAGGUUUGGGUUUGAUUCCCAA